AAUUUCUAACACCUUUUGAUCCCAUAGGCUAACAGCUAUAGGGCAAGAUUGUGAGUGGCUCUAAAGCCAACAGAUUAGUAUAAAAUAAGGUAUAAAGAAGCACGUAUGUCAGGUGACCAGCAUGAAGGAUGGGACGGAAGGACCAUCGCUGUACAAUGCCUGGACCCUGGACUCCCAGUGUGAGUGAAGACUGGAUCCUGACCAAGGGAUCUUCCCAGUGACACCUCGGACAGCGCUGAUUGAGGACACCUGACUUCGCUGGAAUAACUUGGCACACACCUGGCAUAGAGGGACUGCCGAUAAGUUGCCAACCCCAUUGGUGCAUCGAUAAAUCGCUCCAAUAUUGGAUUGGCACCGAUAUAAAGAAAAUUUUCUGUAUCAGAAAUCGGCCCAACACAGCCAAUAAUUUGUCCAAUAAAUGCCCAAGUGUGCACGCAGGCACAGCGCAGCACAUAGGCAGUGAGAAGCAGAGCUGGCAGCGUGGAGUGCUGCGUGCAGCUGUAGAACUUUGGCUAUAGCAGGAAGGCAGAAGAGACCAACCAAAGACUGGAUAGACUUGAGUGAUGUUGAGAUUUGUUGCAUCCCACAUUCUCUUCAACAAAUACAUUUUAUGCAUCCUUCAUGGAAAUGGAAGUAUUUGCAAUGAGAAUAUGUAGAAGGCUUUCCACUAUUGAAAUAUCACAGAGGCCUUGUUAAAGGAAAGAGACAAACAGGCUAAAUGGAAUGGAAUUCCCCUUCUGUUGCAGAAACUAUAUGAGAACAGCCACCCAAACAGCGACUUCUCCCAGUGCCAAAACAUCCUUAAGGAAAUUUCUCCACUUCUUUCAGUGGAGGCCAUGGCAUUUGUCACAGAUGAUAGAAAACCGGCUCAAGAGUCCACUUACCCAAACACAUACACAUUUGAUCUGUUUGGAGGAGUAGAUCUUCUAGUGGAAAUUCUUAUGAGGCCAACUCUGAUUACACAAAAAAAGAAACAGAAAAUAAGUGAUGACCUGAUUAAGGACUGUUUGAGCAUAUUGUAUAACACUUGCAUAUGCACGGAAGGAGUCACUAAACGAUUGGCAGAAAGAAAUGAUUUUGUGUUGUUUCUGUUUACACUGAUGACAAACAAAAAGACAUUCCUGCAAACAGCAACCCUUAUCGAAGACAUCCUGGGAGUUAAAAAGGAAAUGAUACAGUUAGAUGAUAUACCCAAUCUUGCAAGUCUAGUAUCCAGUUUUGAUCAACAGCAACUUGCAAACUUCUGCAGAAUCCUCGCUGUCACCAUUUCUGAGCUUGAUACGGGGACUGAUGACAAGCACACACUUCUUGCCAAAAAUGCCCAGCAGAAAAAACAUUUGGGUCCUUCCCGAGCUGAAAUUAAUCAAGCUACACUUCUAAAUAUUCCAGGCUUCAUUGAGCGACUAUGCAAAUUGGCAACAAGGAAAGUAUCGGAAACAACGGGUACUUCCAGUUUUCUUCAGGAGUUAGAGGAAUGGUACACCUGGCUGGACAAUGCACUUGUACUUGAUGCAUUAAUGCGAGUAGCCAGUGAGGAGGCAGAGCAGAGCAGUACAGAAUCUUCAGAUGAAAGCAGUUUGGCCAACACAUCAACAAGAACCCAGCUGCCACAGUCCAUGAAGAUCAUGCAUGAGAUAAUGUACAAGCUGGAGGUGUUGUAUGUUCUCUGUGUAUUGCUGAUGGGGAGGCAGAGGAAUCAGGUUCACAAAAUGAUUGCAGAAUUCAAAUUGAUUCCUGGUCUUAAUAACCUGUUUGACAAACUGAUCUGGAGGAAACAUUCUGCAUCAGCUCUUGUUCUUCAUGGACAUAAUCAAAAUUGUGAUUGUAGCCCAGACAUUACUUUAAAGAUACAGUUUUUGAGGCUUCUUCAAAGUUUUAGUGAUCAUCAUGAGAACAAGUAUCUUCUUUUAAACAGUCAAGAACUUAAUGAACUGAGUGCAAUCUCUCUCAAAGCAAACAUCCCUGAAGCAGAUGCAGUUGUUAACACAGACAGAAGUCUAGUCUGUGAUGGAAAAAGAGGUUUGUUAACCAGGCUUCUACAGGUCAUGAAGAAGGAACCAGCUGAAUCCUCUUUCAGGUUUUGGCAGGCAAGGGCCGUUGAGAGUUUUUUACGAGGCACCACUUCCUAUGCGGACCAGAUCUUUCUGCUAAAGAGAGGACUUUUGGAGCAUAUUCUCUAUUGCAUUGUUGACAGCGAAUGCAAAUCACGGGACGUGCUUCAGAGUUACUUUGACCUUCUGGGAGAAUUGAUGAAAUUCAACAUUGAUGCGUUCAAGAGGUUCAAUAAAUACAUCAACACAGAUGAGAAGUUUCAGAUCUUUUUGAAUCAGAUCAACAGUUCUUUGGUAGACUCAAACAUGUUGGUUCGUUGCAUUACACUGUCCCUGGACCGAUUUGAGAACCAGUCGGAUGCUAAAGUUGCAGAAGUCUUGUCUGAGUGCCACCUGUUAUCAUACAUGUCUCAGAUGUCCAUGAGGAUGUCCUUCCUUUUCCGCCUAAUUAAUAUAAUUCAUGUGCAGACACUUACACAGGAAAACGUCAGCUGUUUGAACACAAGCUUAGUUAUUUUAAUGCUGGCCCGAAGGAAAGACAAGCUACCGUUUUACCUUCACACGUUGCAACAGAUGGAAUAUACAGAGAAGUACCCUGGUUUCAUCAUGAACAACUUUCACAGUCUCUUGCGAUUCUGGCAGCAGCAUUACCUCAAUAAAGACAAAGACAGCACUUGCUUAGAAAAUAGCUCAUGUAUUAGUUUUACUUACUGGAAAGAGACUGUAUCUAUACUGCUUAGUCCAGAUCGGACAUCACCUUGUGCCAUAGUUAGCUACAUCGAUGAGGCAUAUAUGGACAUUGACAGAGAUUUCACUGAGGAAUGACUCUUUGGAUGCUGGCUGCUGAUGGACAGUGCUUGGAAGGUACCUCACAGACUGGAUUUUCAGGGAUACGCUGUGAAGUGCGUGUAUGCUUCUUGGAACCAUGGAAUACUACUGCAUUGUUAAAGACUCUUGUCCCGCCUCUGAUCUCUAUAGACUUUUCAAACUGUCGGGGCAACACAUUCAGCCAUAUAUUCCGGUCAUUUUGGGAUAAAAGUAAUUUUCCACAAAAAUCAGGCCUUUUCCUGCUUCUCUCAGGCAAGUGUAUUUAGUUCAAACCUUUUCCAUUGACAGACAAGGAAGUAUUCUAUGUGCCAGCUUAAUUUUGGUUCUUCCUCAUGACCACAGAAUUAGCAGGUUUGAAAAGCACAGGAAAUGUCCCAACCUAUUCAAACACAAGGUCUGACAAACCAGCCUAACUGGGACUCCUGAUGCAUGCAGGCCACACGCACACAGCCACCAGGAGGACUCACAUCAGCUUUAACUUUGGGUUGGGAUUUGGAGUUUAGGUUUGACCAGACUGUGUUUCCUCUUAAUUCCUGGGAGCUAUAGCUCUCUCCACCUUUUUACUAUCCACUUUUGGAUUGUUUGUACCAAAAUCUCUUUGGCCAUCAUCUGUUUGACUGUGGUGUUCUACUUGGACGUCUCUGCUUCUGCUGCUGUCCUUUCUGUGGAUAUUUCCCAUCUGAAGAUGUAUUUACAACGCUGCAAAGAAGAGACAUUUCAGUAGUAGUGGAAUUGCAGUCCGGGGCCUAGCUUUGACUGGGCAUUAACCAAUUAAAAUUUACUGAUUUUUAAA